GUUUUAAUAGUUUUUAUAAGUUUAAUAACUUUGAGAUUCCAAUUUGGUUACGUGACCAGUUCAUUCUCGAACCAUUUAUUAAACCUAACUCAGCUAUGUAAUCGGUUCAUUGUCGAACGCAGCUCAACCAUCGAGCCGGUCCGGUUUUAAAAAUAAUGCCGAUUGUAUGGGGUCAAUCAGAGGUUAUGUGUCCUUAGAAUACGAUUGGCCAAUGAAAACAAAGUUGAAAUACAUUUCUAUAAAAUAUUUGAAAUGAACUAAUUAUGGAAAAGGCAAAUAAACCUUACGAAGAGUCAUAACGUUGUUCAAUGUUCAUGAUGGUGGCAACUGGCAACUGAAACGUCCGGUUGAAGUAAACCGGACACAGUCACCGAAGGUUAUCCACAUGGGUUCGGUUUUUCAUUUUUCCAUUAGUGCAGAUUCAUCCACCUUCUUCGAGGUCUAUUUCCUCUGAACAUUUUUUCUCUUCAUCUUUCUGUAACAAUGAACAAAUUUUAAAUUCCAUUUUUUUAUAAAUUAACAAGCAUAAAAUUAAGAUAUGGAUCGUUACAAUUUAUUUUUCAACGAAUAGUUUGUAAAUAGUCAAGAAUUAUUGACAUGAAUUUGUUAUUCUUUUCACAUCAACUUUCCGCAAACAAAUUGCAGCCAACUGUAAUGUUGGAACUUGUAGAGAAUUUAACCAUGUCAAAGGGUACAAAUUAAUCAUUUUAUAUUAAUCAUUCUAUACCAAAUUAAAUAGUACUACACAGCUUUCUAAAAAACACAAAUAUCGACACUACAUUUUGAUAAUUAAUGCCUAUAAAGAAAAGUUUCAUUAUAAGUUUCUCUAACUUGUUACAUUUUAUUUAUUUUGUGAUAAAUUUCAUAUAAAACAUAUAAUAUCCUAAAAUAUAUACAUUUUACUUCUUUUCCAGAUGCAAGACGAAUAUAAUUGAAUUGUAUAUAAGACAAACUAUAAAUUAUAUAUGUCGGUGCUGUAAGCAAAUUGUAUUCUCUUACUAGAUCUUGAAAAUCUUUUUUAUUUACCAAUUGCCGACAAAACUUAGAGAUCUUCAUAUAUUAAAACAGAGACUAAUCUUAAAGUUUCAGAAAAACUUUAAUUUAGAUUCGAGCAACCAGCUUUGGAGGUACUUUUUGUUGCCAUUACGUUAAUAAAAUAUGACGCUGGUACCAAAGUUAUACACAUGGGCUGUGAUCGAUCUAAUAUAAAAAGAUGGAGAAAGAGGCAGAGAGAUUGAAGAAGGUUGAGAGAAGCGUGAAAGAAAGGGAAUUAUUUUCCACUACUCUUUUUUUUCAAGAGGGAGAUAAAUAUUUUUCAAAAAAACUUAAUUUUUCUUUAUAUAAUUACAUUAUUUUAUUUUCUAAAAUCCUACAUAUCUGAUUUUGUCUUUGUCAACCUGGCUUAUAUUUGUUUCUUAUUAUUUGCAUCUAGGAUUAAAUCUUAAAUCUUCUAUUCUACCUUUUUAGAUUAUACAUAUUUGGUUUUGUUUUCAUCAAUCUGUAUAUUUGGUUAUUAUAUUAUUUACAUGUAUAGUUAAACGUUUGCUUACUAAAAUGAACUAUUAAUUCGAAUUUGAAUAGAUUUAUCAAUAUAUAAAGGGAUCCGUUUUAACUAACCUAUCCGUUGAAAAUGGAGACGCCACUCCCACCUAUGUCGCAUCUAGCUUCAAAUCUUACGUCAACCACAGUUGUCUCAACUACCAUCGAUGGAUCCCCACGCGCCGUUGCCAUUGAUACCGGAGGAAACAUGGAGCCCCUGGCGGCCGUUCCCGACGCAAAGCUACGCCUCAUGUGCAGCUUCGGUGGCCACAUCAUGCCUCGUCCCCAUGACAAGGCCCUAACGUACUCUAGUGGCGAGACGCGUCUUGUGGUUAUUGAUCGACGCGCUUCACUGGCCUCGCUAAGAUCUCGUCUCUCUAGUAUGCUCCUCAACGGCCGGUCUUUCACGCUCAAGUACCAGCUCCCUAGCGAAGAUCUUGACUCACUCGUCACCAUCACUACCGAUGAAGAUCUUGAGAACAUGAUUGAGGAGUAUGAUCGUGCGACGUCGUCAGCUACGGCGGCUGCCACGCAACGGAUCAGGCUGUUUCUUUUCGCGAACAAGCUUGAGACGGCUGCUACCAUGGGGUCUCUUCUUGAUAGUGCGAAGUCGGAGACAUGGUUUGUUAAUGCUUUGAACCAAUCCGGUUUGCUUCCUCGUGGCUUGUCGGACUCAGCCGCGGUGAACAACAACUUGGUGAAUCUUGACGAGGUAGGUGAAGGUGAAGCUGAAGUUCAAAAAAUAGGAGCGGAUGAGGGUUGCGUGAACAACAAGCAAGGAGGUUAUGUGACAAACGGUGUGAUCUCUCAUCAGGAGAUGCAUAUGAGUUCGAUGCCUGACUCGCCUAUGAUGGAACCUGCCGGUGGUUCUUCGAUAGGAUCGUCCUCUUCCUCUCCUUCCACAGCCAACUUGCCACCGAUCCGCGUUAGAGUCAGUGAAGACCAGAGGAUGGAACAACAGUUUGCUCAAAUGAGCUUCACAAACGUGGACGGUCAGAGGAAUAUGGAAGAUGGCGCUGGCUUGGUGGCAAAUAGGCCAAUGAUGACCGAUUCUGCGAUGGUGCAUAACAACAACACACCUAUUGAUGGUGCUACUGUUGCUGCUGCCGCUAUGAGCAAUGGCCAGGUUUCACCACAUGACGAUCGAUCCGAUCCAGGUAUGAUGGCUGGAUAUAGGAAGCCACCUUUGCCGAUGCAGCCAGUGGCGAUCCCACAGCGAGGUGCGGGUGGGUAUGGCUUGACAUCUCCUGAUUCUGUUGCAAGUGAUACUAGCAUAUCUUCUGCUACUUCAUUUUCGAAGCCGGUGUACUACCAAGACCAAGCUCCAACUAUGCUAAGAGCCCCGGUAACACAGCCUGAAAUUACUCCGGUCCAAACUAGCCACGGCAUACCUCAGCAUGAACCCACUUCAGCCCAAACCACAUCGCACGUCCUAUCUCAGCCAAGUACAUACACAACUUUGGACCAACAACACCAACCUCCGGUUCAACAACCUUUCUUACACCAAGGUGUUCAAUACAUUCCUCAUCCAUCACAAUACAUCCCGGUUUACCCUCAUCAGCAGCAAAACUACCCAGUUUACGUGAUGUCUGUCCCGCAAUCUCAGCAAUAUGUUCCAGCUGGAACUCCUCCGCUCUAUCCAAACUCAGCACCUGCCACAAACCCAAGACCUGAAGUAGCUCAAAACGUUUACCGGUCCCCUAUAUCACAGAAUCCUCAGGUUCAGCAGCAACAACAACAGACUCAACAUCAUUACAUGGGUUACGCAGGAGGUUCUCAACACAACACAAACGCAAAUCCUAACUACAGUACUGGAGCGUACGAGUACACACAUCCGCCAAACGAGACAAUGUAUUACCAUGCACAACGUCUCCCCACCAACAAUGCUAUUCCGUUAGCUUCUCCGUAUCAAAGCAUGACACCAGCCGCAGCCGCAGCUGCUUUAGCUGAUAUGUCUAAGCAGAUGAGUCUUGCUAGUGACAAAGAGCAACAACAACAUAUGGCUUCGUCUCAACCGCUCUAAGCAUUGACCAGUUAGACAAUGGAUUAUGUUUUUUUUUCUUUACUUAAUACGUAUAACGUCGAGUUCCUUCUCAUGAGAUAUAAAUAUAGACUUUUUAUUAUAUCGUUUUGUAAAGUAUUUUAGUUAUUGUUAUAAUUAAUGUCUAUUUCUGUUUUUUUUUUAAAUAAAAUUUGUUGGAUGA